UAAAGGAUAACAAUAGUUUUAUAUCUUAUAACUCGUGAGUAUCAAGGUAUGAUGAUAAGUCUUAUCUCCAUAUAGUACAUUCUCGACAAAAGUAAAACUCCCCACCUUUGCAUAUGCAAAGUGGCAAGCGGUCAUACAACAUGAAACUUACAUAAAACAAGCCAACUAACAAAACGAAAUACAUAGGAUGGAAGCAUGAUAAAAUGUGGUAGGAGCGGGCAUGCGGCCACGGGCAAUAGAUAUAUUUUUUAAAUAUAAGAUUUUGAUAUAAUAUUUGGCAAAGAUAACCAAAUUUGAGGAGAAAUUGAAAAUAUAUAAGAUUUGAGAAUUAUUUGAAGUAUUUUUAGGGAAGAAUACUGGUUUUUCUUGUAAGACAAACGUCCAUAGCGUUAUUUCAUAUCAUUUCCCCUCUUACAAAGAAACUCAAAAACCAUGAAUUCUCAAACCCAUCUCCUCAAACGUUGCUCUGCUCGAGUUCUUCGCAUCCACCCCUUUUCUUCGACCCCUUUGCCAAAUUCUGUCUCCGAUGUCGAUUCCCACUUAGUUUCCCUUUGCCAAAAUCUUACUCCACGAAACGCCAACCACGCCUUUUCUCUCUUUCACACUUCCAUCGCUUCUAAUUCUCUUCCUUCUGGAUUAACCUGCAACUUCCUCAUGGCUGCUCUCACCAGGACGAGAAAUUACCCAAUGGCUUUAUCUGUUUAUGGUAAGAUGACUGACGCAAAUGUUUUUCUGGGUUUCAGAUCACUUUGUUGUUUAAUCGAAUGCUUUAUUUAUACUCGUGAAGUGAAUUCUGCGUUUGGGGUUCUGGGGCUGAUUAUUAAACAGGGUUAUGUAGUUAGUACCUUUGUUUUCAAUGUUAUGCUAACGGGGUUGUGUCGGAUUGGGGAUGUAGAGAGAGCAAUUGGGUUGUUUCAUGAAAUGAAAAGAUUUUCUGUAUUACCAGAUGUGGUUAGUUAUAAUGUGCUCAUGAACGGACUUUGCAAGAACGAGAAAUUUGAAGAAGCGCUUCGAUUUCUCAAUGAAAUGGAGGUGAUUUGCCAGCCGAAUAUGGUGACAUAUACGACUAUGGUGGAUGGGCUUUGUAAGGGUGGAAGAUUACAUAUAGCAGAGGGCUUAUUGGAGAGAAUGAAGAAGAAGGGAUUGCAAGCGGAUGUUGUUAUGUAUAGUGCAGUUAUAAGUGGUUUUUGUAACAAUGGAAAUUCCUCUAGGGGAAAAGAACUCUUCAAUGAGAUGCUAGAGAAGGGAAUUUGUCCUAAUGUAGUUACAUAUAGUUGUUUGAUGCAUGGUUUAUGUAAGGAAGGGCAAUGGGAAGAAGCAAAGGCAAUGCUGAAUCUUAUGACGGACCGUGGUAUUUGUCCUGAUGUUGUCACUUAUACAUGUUUGAUCGACGGGCUUUGCAAAAACGGGAGAGCUAAGCAAGCCUUGAACAUAUUAAACCUGAUGCUAGAGAAAGGUGAAGAACCUAAUACUGUCACUUAUAAUGUUCUUAUAGAUGGUCUGUGCAAAGGGGGACUAAUAGAGGAGUCUUGUAAACUCUUGGAUAGUAUGAUCGAGAAGGGGAAGAAGCCUGAUCUUGUUACUUAUAAUACUUUGCUCUUAGGACUUUGCAAGGAUGGGAAGGUUGAUGAAGGAAUUUCGCUUUUUAAUUUGACAUUGAAGGAUAACUGCCAUGUUAAACCUGAUGUUGUCACCUUUAAUAUGCUGAUUCAAGGGCUCUGUAAUGAAGGUCGUGUUGAGGAGGCUGUGGAGAUCUUUAAUACAAUGAAUGAACAUGGAAUCUGUGGCGACUUAAUGACUUUCAAUUUUCUAAUUGGAGGUUAUCUCGAAGCAGGAAUGAUCAACAAGGCUAUGGAAAUGUGGAAGCAUGUAUUAAACUUGGGGUUUGUUCUUAAUUCAAAUACCUACAGUAUAAUGAUUAAAGGACUUUGUGGCUUGGGUAUGAUUCGCAUUGCUAAAGGACUUUUUGGUAGAAUGAGAAUACAUGGGCCUAAUCCAACUGUGAUUGAUUACAACACAUUGAUUUCAUCCAUGUGCAAGGAAAGUAGUAUAGAACAAGCUAAGAGGUUGUUUCAAGAGAUGAGUAAUGUAAAUCUAGAACCAGAUAUUAUUACAUUCAAUACCGUAAUCAAUGGGUCUCUAAAAGCUGGGGAUUUAUCGUAUUCCCAAGAGCUACUGAUGGACAUGGUUGGAAAAGGCUUAGCUCCAGAUGCUGUAACGUUUUCAACUUUAAUUAAUCGAUUAUCAAAAAGUGGUCUGAUGUGUGAAGCUAAAAUUGUUUUUGAGAAAAUGAUUGCUCGUGGCUUGGCUCCAGAUGCCUUUGUAUAUGAUUCCUUACUAAAGAGAUAUCAUUUGAACAAUGAAACUGCAGAAAUUAUUGGCUUGCUCAACGAUAUGGCCAAAAAGGGUGUCGUUCUUGACCAAGAAUUAACUUGCACCAUCUUAACAUGCCUUUGCCAGAGUUCAGAUCAUGCUGCUAUCUUGGAGUCCCUGCCAAAUUUUUCACAACCAACAUUGGACGGAAAACAAAUAACAUGCAGUGAAUUGUUGCUUAGACUUCAUAAAUCUCAUCCAGAGCUUAAGUUACCUGUUGAAAUUAAAAGCCAAAUCUAAUUUCUUAAGACCAGACUUGGUGUCUUAUCAUCUGUUCUCUGCGAGUCCUUUAUUCUUGCUAUUUCCUAUCCUUGAUCAAGGUUCACCUCCCAAACAUUCUUUUUCAAUUUCCAUGCUGGGGAUGAUAAAAGCAUUGAAGGAAAUAAGAAUAAGGAUAUCAAGGAGGUAACCGAGGGACUUGGUUUCUUUUCCAAUGAUGAUGCCCAUUGCCCAGUUAUACAGAAUUACGUUAUCCUGGUCGAAAUUAAAUUCCAAUCAGGCAAUACUAAUAUGUUCAUUGAAGUAUUUGAUAUUCAAAAUGUAGAAAAUAGAUCUCCAAUGCUCUAGUUUAUGAUUUCAUUUACUUUUGUUUAUGAUUAAUCAUGCAGAGUUUCUUAAAAUUAUUGCAUAUGGCUGCUUCACAUUUGGUUGACAUCAACCAUUACCAGUACAUCUUCGAAGAUGUGUGACAGAUGGAAUUGUUGCGGUAGUAUGUUUUUUAAUUUUCAAGUGAUUUCUGAGAGUAGACUUGCGCUUCCAGGAUGUGCUCAUGGUGCUACUAAAGAAUGGUGGACUAGUGGGAGAGAGUGUGGUUCAAUGGUCAAUUGCUAUGGUGUUGACAGUGUCGAUCUAUGAUGUGGAGUCUUGUAUGCAUUUAUAGCAUUUGAAGAGGAUGUUCAGUUCUACACUUCUACAUCUAUCAUCAGUCUUGUAGGGAGAAUUGUGCUGGUCCAUUGGGAUAAGGCUAUGUUGUGUUUGGUCCCCAUCUGCAUUUGUCAGCAACAUCUGUUGGGCAUGUUCCAAAUCCAGAAAGGUAGAAACUGUUAAAGGUAUUCAAUGCUUUCCACUUUCUUUUUAUUGGUUUGAAGGCAAAAGAGAAGCAGGUCCCGUGGCGUGGAAAUGAAUUUAUGGCAUGUCUGAGUAAUUGUGAUUCUAAAAUGAUUUAUUUUUGUCAUUUUUAAAAAUCACUAGGAAAAUGUUUUUAAGCAUUCAAUGUUUAAAUUUUAUAUUUUAUUAAACUGGUUUUGAGUAGUUAAAGAUGUGUUUCAAAUUUUAAACAUGACAAAAGUGAGAUUUAAUCAUUUUAUUAUCACUCACAAAAAUGCACUUAUCCACCGGCAAGAUGUAGAAACAUAAACGUUGCCAAAAAGAUCCCUGAGCUUCCACAGUUUUGCUGGAAUCAACUUGAAGGUCCCAACAAAGACAAGUUGGAGAUUUUGCUACAUCAAGGGGAAAACUAAGUUCUCGUUCUUUUUUGUAAGCCUGUGAUGUGAAAGAUGAUUUUUUUUCUAUUGAAUUUAGAACUUAAAUAACAUUGUUGUACAACUUGUGUGUGAAAUAGGUCUUGUUCGGCCUAUGAGGUAAAUAUCGUACCAGUCAUCUUAGCAACUAAAUAUAAUAGGGUUAGACGAUUGUUCUCGGAGAAUAGCUGAAACGUUCACAAGUAAACAUCAACACUAUUCUUUUUCUUUUAGUGAUGUUACAACUUUAGCUUUGGUAGACCCAUUCAAAAGACGCUAUAGAUAUUUUGUAGCUAUGGUACAGAUGUACAUGUUUGUUUAAAUAAAGUUAUCUUAAAUUGUCAUAACCUCGUUUUAAGUAUAGCAUUAGAAAAAUGUGUAUAGCAUUUCUCAUUAAGUAGUGGAGUGGCAUGAUGCUGUGUUGAUUGAUGGUCAUAAAAGAAUAGAGUAGAUAUGUUAUUAUUAUUAUUCAAUUAGGUGGAGGGAAAUUGAAAUCACAUACCUUGUGAUCACUGUUGUUGACGAGAUGUGAUCGGCUACAACUCAUUCGAAAAGAAUUAUUUGUUUGAUUAGAACCCAAAAUAAGAUGGGGAUUCAGAUAGGGGAAUGUAUGCCCCACAUUUUCAAAAGUAAAUUAGUCACUUUUCUUUAAAAAAAAAAAAA